AUGAAAUUGCGAAGAAAUACACCGUCAAAGAUAAAACAAAUCAUACUCAAAAAGGGUGAUGACGAUGAUUGUGAAAUAGAAGAAGAAGAAGAAGAAGAAAAAGAAAAAGAAGAAAAAGAAAAAGAAGAAGAAGAAAAUGAAGAAGAAGAAGAAGAAAAUGAAGAAGAGAAGAAGAAGAAGAAGAAGAAGAAGAAGAAGAAGAAGAAAAAGAAGAAGAGAAUGAAGAAGAAAAAAAUGAUGACUUUUAUUAUACACAUUGGCGUUGGUGUUCGUUACGCUGGCCAGGCAGGCAGAGUAGAGCGUUCGAUAAUUUUCAAAUUAACGACUCUUCGACAUUGUACGUUUAAACUUUUAUUUGCAUGCGAGAAACCACCGCUGCAGUUGUCGGCAGGCAACAGCAACGACAGCAGCGUCAGCAACGGCAAAAACCACUACAACGACUACAGUGCUGGCUAUAAUAAUCUGCUUAAAAAUGGCUUACAUAAUCAAUGCUCAUGA